CGAGGGUGGGUGGAGGAAGGAGGUCUGUAAAACGUCAGAAACAGCACGAAGCCCUUGCCACGUAAUUAGAGGCUCCUAUUAAGUCUGGAUCUGCCCUCCCCAGGGCCCUACAAGCUUCACACACACACACACACACACACAUGCCAGGCUGUGCCGUUUGAAGUGCCAGAGCGCUGCUUGAUCGCGGGAAGGGGGGUAGUACGUAGGAGGCAAAAAAGAGACCCGCUGGAGCUCCCAAAGCAGCAGCCACCUCCUCCAGGCAGGCGAGGGGAUCUGGAGCGGCGCUGGUCCGUCCCUCGGCAGCCCCGCGAAAAGCAUCUGCUAGACUUCAGCCCCUCCCGACCGACCACCGUCACUUCUAGCCCGGCCGUCUGAAGAGCGCGCCCAGUCAAGAAGGCGCAGGAGGGUGGCGAAACUCCUCGGGAGCCUCCUUCAAACCACCCUGGGAUUCAGCAAGAGAAGGACCCCGUUGGAUCCCCGGCAAGCUCCUGAGAUCUCCGGGGUUUGGGCCGCCUUGCGCGCUUGUCGUGGAUUUCUCUCUGGAGCUUACUCGACGGCAGUUCGGAGAAGGCAGCAGCGGCUGCUGCUGAGUUUUGUUGGACGCUUUCUGCCGGGGACCUCCUUCAGCCUCUCCUCUCCUCUCUUGGCUCCCUUCCUCCCUUCUUUUUCCCCCUCCUGGGCCUGGGGGGGGGGCAAAGCCAUGACUUCCAGCUACGUGCACGUCCUGGAAAGACAACCGGCCGUCCUACCCACGCAUCUGGAGAGCCCCGGGAACCUCGACAGCCUCCAGGCGAAAAAGAACUUCUCCGUCAGCCACUUGCUGGAUCUGGAAGAAGCCGGAGACUUGGAGGCAGCUCAGACCGACGAGGGAGCUGGAGAAAGCGGCCGGAGCCUCCUUGAAUCGCCGGGGCUGACCAGCGGCAGCGACACCCAGCAGCAGGACGGUGACCAGCUAAAUCCUGAAGAGAAGAAGAAGAGAAAGCAGAGAAGAAAUCGAACCACCUUCAACAGCAGUCAGCUGCAGGCCCUGGAAAGAGUCUUUGAGCGGACUCACUAUCCAGAUGCCUUUGUACGAGAAGACCUUGCACGCAGGGUCAACCUCACUGAAGCCAGGGUUCAGGUAUGGUUUCAGAACAGACGGGCAAAGUUUCGCAGGAAUGAGAGAGCAAUGCUGGCCAACAAGAACGCAUCCCUCCUCAAGUCCUACUCUGGGGAUGUGACCGCAGUGGAGCAGCCAAUUGUACCUCGACCAGCUCCAAGACCCACGGACUAUCUCUCAUGGGGCACUGCCUCUCCUUACAGCAGUGCCAUGGCUUCUUAUUCUGCCUCUUGUACCAGUGCCAGCCCUGCUCAGGGCAUGAAUAUGGCCAACAGCAUUGCUAAUCUGAGACUGAAGGCAAAGGAAUACAGUUUACAGAGGAACCAGGUGCCAACAGUGAAUUAGAGAGAGCAGCAUCCUUCAAGGACAGCAAUAUGCCAAAGGACAGCCACCCUGCUUUGCAAUUUCUUUGGGUCCAGAAGGCAAGUCAGCCCAAACUAGAACUCAGCAUUGGGAAUAAAAGUAGGAUCCAAAUUAACAGGAAAUUUCUUCAAAAGUGAUUCUUCUUUCUCCUGGAAAAUAUUGCCACUGAAAGUGCCAGCAAAUCUCUCUGUUGUAGAUCCAUAUAGGAUGCACUUCUUCAGUGAAGGAUACAAGGCUAGUGCUCAUCCAAGGAAUGGCUGCAAACCAAAGUACACCAAUUCUGCAUUUGAACUCCUCUGUCCCGCGCCCCAUCUACCUCUCAUUUCUGUGUCAGCCACUCUCCCCUUUUAUUCAUAGGCCUUCGGAAAAAAGAUGUUUUGAAGCCAAAGAACCCUCUGUUUGUCAUUGCUUCCAUCAGUCAAAAGGAAGAGUAGAUCACAUCUGAAGUUGUGACCUCCAGCACACACCUGAGUGCCUUAGUAUUCAAGCUUUUUUAUCUAUUUCCGGGAAGUUACUUUUCUUCUUUUCUUCUUCUUGUUAGUUAUUUGACGUCAAUCUUGAUUUAGAUAUGUGUGUGUUACUGUUUAUUCUGCCACAGUCUUUGAUACAGUUAUGUUGGUGGCAGAUUUUAAAAUGUCAAAUAUGAAAAUAUGCUAUUUUGAACCAGUUUUUACUGAUGUAGGAAUAUGCAAGUUUUCAAUUCAAACAGAACUCUUCAUCUGAUGAGAAUGUAUAUGUUGUGCUUGAGGUGCUGUCAGUGGCACUGAAAAGCCUGUGUAUGCUUCCAGCUUCUGGGAAAACCCAGAAAAGAACAGAGUCCAGAUUUGCAGGUACUUCAGUAGAAAUUAGUUUUCAGUUCAAACAUUAGAGGCCUGAAUCCACACAGAGUUAUGCAUGCUUACAUCCAUGGAUUUCAGUGGGCUUAAAUGCAUGCAACUCUGUUGGAUUGUGACUCCACAUAACUUACUUGCUAUUUCUUUUGUUUCAUGCCACAUUCAACAGUGUUGUCCAGAAUCAUCUGAUUUAUAUAUACUGUAUAUAUUUAUAUAUAUAAGA